UAUAAAUUGACUUUUACUUGAGCAUUGAGCAACAGUGAAUGUUUUUCUCCAAUCAUUGCUCGACGACAUGCAUCUCCUCAAAGUGGUACUUCUGUUCGUUUGCCUAAUAUACGGAACAUCGGCCAGAGACUUUUUCGAGAAUCUGGACCCGUACUUUAGGCGGUUAAUUGAAGCUAGUCGUGGUAUUAUAAACCGAGAGUGCAAGAACAUUCUUGAAAGUCAGCGCGAUAAUUUCAAGACAGGAUGGCCGGUUGUCGGAAUCAAACCGUUAGAUCCAGUGUACAUUGACCGUUUUGAAAUUCCGCUCGGAACAACCAAUUUGACUCUACUAAAUGCUGAACUGAGUGGCAUUUCCGAUUUCACCAUCGACAACUGUGACCUAAAGGUUCUCGGCCUGUAUGCAGCGAUUUCAAUGUAUUUCGAUCAAUUAACAAUCGACGGAAACCAUGAAACAAAGACAAAACUUGGACUUAUCAACUAUCAAGGAAGCGGCGAUGCUGAAAUAACAUUUACCGGUGUAAGUGUCACGGUUGAAAUUUUACUUGGCGUUAAAGGUGAGAAUCAACUAAAUUUGGACGAGUUCAACUUCGACAUUCAUGUGGAAAAGGUUGUCACGCAUCUGACUGGAUUCGGGCUCGAUGCUAUCGAUAAAGCGAUCAGCGCAGGAUUAAACGAAACACUUAGACUAGCUGUAAACGUGGGAGACGUUUUCUUUGAGGCUUUGUUCGCUGCCUUUGUUUAUCCUGUUAACGCUUUUUUGAACCGGAUUACACUACCUCAACUUAUUGCUGAUAUCAUUGCGUUUAUUCAACGGUAUAAUAGUUAAAUAAAAACGGUU